CGAGAGAUGGAAUACAUUAUAUCGUUAUAUGAUAAGACGAUGUUCUCUCGAUGGGAAAAUGUAAAGAACACUACAAAAUCUGACGUCCUCGAAGGAAUGCUUUCCGAUAUAAAGGGCAAGCAAUUUGCUUUGGAAAAUCUGAGCAUGCUUGUUACUCGAAAGCUUGAUCAUCUUCGAAUUUAUGUGCCACUGACAAGCAGCACUGAGAAAAAUUCACCUAGGAAAGAAAAAUCCAUAAUUCCACUUCCGUUCCCUUCCUUCUCUGUUACACCUAACAAUGAAUUAUCCAAAAUUUCACUUCGAGUACCUCCGCCGCCACCACCACUUCCGUCACCACCAUCAAUGUCAAUAACAUCAUCACUACCACAGCCACUUCCAACUUCUAUUUCACUGAUAUCACAACAUGGGAAAAAAGCACAAAGACUAUCGGUUCAAAAAAGACGUAGGUCUGAAAGAAGAGAAGAGAACGGGGAGCAUUCUCACACUGCAGUGAAUAUUAACGAAAUUCUACUAACCCCUCUAUCGUCAAGUGGACUUUCUCAUCACACUGUUUUUGAUACAAAUAAUAAUUCAAACUCUGGCAUGGCAUCGCAAAAUAAUAUUGCAAGUACGAGAGGCUUUAUUCGGUGAUUUAAGAACGAGACCAACAUUACUUGUAACAGAGAGCAACUCUAGUAAUACAAACAUUGAAUCAUCCAG